AUGGCCACGUCUCCUGGUAGUAAAAAUGAGAAGAGUGAAUUACCAGUUGAUCAAGGAUGGGCCUGGGUCAUUGUAGUUGGCCAGUUUGUGAAUGUUUUCCUCAUGGUGGGAUUGGCGAAGAGUAUGGGGAUCUUCAUGGAGGCUUUCAAACAGUACUUCGACACGACGACAGCGUUAGCCAGCAUGGUGAUGGCCGCCGCCGCUGUCGUGUAUGCGUUUGUAGGACCCGUAUGUCUGUUGCUAGGGGAGAGGUUUGGAGUGCGACCGAUAGUCAUGUUUGGUGGAUUUAUUGGAUGUCUUGGAAUCUCGUUGAGUAGUUUACUUGUUACCAUGGAUUUCGUCAUCAUUUUCUUCGGUAUUGGAUUCGGCAUUGGCAACUCUACGAUCUAUGGGAACGGUCUGGUGAUGCUAGGCACAUACUUCAUAAAGAGACGCACCCUCGCCAAUGGUCUGGCUCUGUCAGGGUCCAGCAUCGGGCAGUUCGCGAUGCCGCCCAUUAUCCAGCUCCUCCUCAACAAGUUCGGCCUGAGUGGCGCCGUCCUGCUGAUCGGGGGACUGUAUUUCCACAUCACGCUUUUCUCUUCGUUCUUCAGACCCAUGUCCUACUACACGUCACGGCUAGCAAAGAAACAAAAUGGAGUCGGAGGAGAGAAGAUGGAGAAAUUGUUAAACGAGAACGUGCCUGCCGACCAGGAUGGGUCGGUGUUUCCGGUUGGUGGUCAUGACAACGAAGAUGAUGGUCCAGUGGACAAGAUGGACAAUGAUAAACGAUACACGUCGUACAUGGCGAGCACAGGAAGUAUAUGUCUGACGCCGGUAGAAACUUUGACGCCAGUAGAAACUCUGCCCGCUGAUGCUAACGACAAGUUUACAGAACCCGUUAUACCGAAGAAACAGAACUUCUGUACUCAUCUGUUUGACCUGUCCAUUCUCAGAAACUACAUUUGCAUUUUCAAUAUCAUUUUCGGAUUCUUUUCGUUUUUUGGCUAUUUCAACUUCAUCUUGUUUCUGCCCUCGCACGCCAUCAGUAUCGGGAUCAUGAAGUAUGAGAUGACCUGGCUGGUGUCUGCGUGCGGAAUUGGAGACCUCUGCGGACGACUUUUCCUCGGCUAUUUCGGAGACUUGAAUCUCAUUCAGCGCUACAAGCUGGAGACAAUUUGCCUUAUGAGUGUCGGCGUGAACACUCUGAUGUUUGCCUUUGCCGAUCGCUUCUGGUGGAUGAUGAUCCACUCGGUAUUCUAUGGGUUGUUUGGUGGAGGCUAUGUCUGCAUGACGGCCGUUGUCCUCAUCGAUAUGAUUGGUUUAAAACUAAUGCCAAAGAUGUUAGCCAUUCUCCUAUUGGUUCAGGGCAUAGGAGCAGCGCUUGGGCAGCCUUUCCUUGGUUGGAUUUACGAUAAGACUGGAUCGUAUCAGGUUGUGAUGUUUGUCUGCGGGUCAUCUUGCGUGGGCAGUGCCAUUCUUCUUGCAUUCUGGCCCAUCGUUAAGCGCCUCGAGCAGCGCAGACAGGACCGACUGACGGAGAUGAAGUUCUCACAGAGACAGGAGCUGAUCGUCGAUUAGAUGUACAGCGGCAGACCUCGCCAUCAAAACACUGAGGGGAGUGAGUGAUUGCUCACUUAAUAUAGAUUAAAGGCAGCCAUUUUAGAUAUUAGUUAUUAUAUGUGAGCAUUGAUGUUCAGUCAUUUUGUAGGUUUUGUUUUUAGUAUUUACAUGUUAUGGGAGCCAAAAGUCACUCUAAUACUAACUUAAAUUAUGAGGAACCAUUUAAGAUCAGGGCCAUAGCUAGUGGAAAGCAUUAUAGAAACUUAAAGAAAAUUCUCUUCUUAACCAUUUAAGGAGUUUUAGACUAUCAACUAGUCAGUUGCCCCCCACAAACAAAAAAUCCAAGCUACGGCCCUGAAGAUAUUACUAUAAAAAUGAUAUUGAGCAUUCAUAUUUAAUUCUUUUAGAGGUGGGGUUUUUGUUGGGGGUUUUCACGUGCUAAAAAUCACUAAAAUACUAACUUUUAUUAUGGGGAGCCAUUUAAAAUAUUACCAUAUUAAGCAUGGAUAUUUAAUCCUUAUGCAGUAUUUUGUAUUUAUUUUCAUGCUAAAGGGAGCUACGAAUCACUUUCUUACUAACUUUAGUUAUAGGAAGCCAUUUAAAAUAUUAUCAUAUUGAGCAUUAAUAUGUAAUUAUUUUGUAGUACAUUGGGUUUUUAAUUUUUUAAUUGACAUGCUAUGAGAAGCUAAAAAAUCACUCUUGUACUAACUUUGAUUUUGGGGAGCCAUUUAAGAUCUACAGUACUUAAGAAAUAAUAUUUUAUCCUUUUGUAGUACAUUUUUAAAUAUGUUUAAUUCACAUGUUAAGGGGAGCUAAAUGUCAUUCUCUUUGUACUGGUCUCCGGGGGAGUGAAGAGGAGUCGGUGAUAGCUCCCCUUAAGCGGUGAGGUCUGAAACGUAAUAUAAGGGGAAUGUCACAUGGUGUCGGGCUUACUGAUGACACAGUCUCUCGUGGAUUCUCUGACUUGAAAUAUACACUGUACGUUCCUCUUCAACUUACAUUCGCUGUCGUAAGCCAUUUUAAACAGCUUACAGCUAAAACGUACCCUAUAAUCUAGGAAAUUAAUGGGUAUAUUUUCUAUAAUAUUUAGAGAGAUUAUAGUUAAGAGAACUGCUGUGUAAACAGGUAUUGACCUUAACUGUUUUUAGUGAUUGCCCACCAGUAUACCAGGUUAUAAAAUUGGUAGCUCCAUAAUUUUACUAAAUUAAAAAAAAACCUAAAAUAGUUUUUUUUAUUUAAACAUGUUGUUUUAGGUGUCGAUUUUACAUGUUUAAGCGUCUGUUGAUUGUGGAGCAACUGGAUGUGCAAAAAUAGUUUUUGCAAUCUAGUAGACCGGCGGACUACUGGGUUUGACAUCUGGUAGCCCGAGCAGCAGAUUGGUACCAAAACACCCUGGGUUA